AGCGGUCAGCUAGACAAAACCUCCGGUCGCGUGCAUGAAGUCAGCUGAUUAUAGAUCACCGUAAUGAGCACAAUGCGCGCGCUAACGCUGAUUGCAAUAUUAUUUGGGACGAUAUUAUCGACAGUUCCAGAUUGUAACGGCUGGCUGUUUCAGCGUGUUGGAGAGAAAUACCGAGAGACAGAAGAAGUCUCGUUGUGGCCGCUGCCGCAGAAAUACAAGACGAACCCGGCUGCGUUCAAACUCAGCCCUUUCAGUUUUCGAUUCGUCCACGCGAAAGAUUCGUCCGCGGGGCCGAGCUGCAGCCUGCUCCAAAAUGCCUUCCGCAGGUAUUUUAAUUACAUCUUCGAUUUGAAGAAGCAAAGGGAGAACCAGGAUAAAGCGCUGGAGUCUGAGCUGACUGAGCUUCAGGUGCAGAUCACAUCCUCUGACCCGGAGUGUGACGGUUAUCCGAGUCUAAAAUCAGAUGAAUCCUAUCAGCUAUCAGUGGACCAACCUGCAGCUGUUCUUAAGGCUUUAAAUGUAUGGGGAGCAUUGAGAGGACUUGAGACCUUCAGCCAGUUGGUGUACAAAGAUAAUUAUGGAGCCGUUACAAUCAACAAGACCGACGUAUCAGACUUUCCUCGCUUUGCUCAUCGAGGCAUCCUGCUGGACUCAUCUCGUCACUUCCUGCCACUCAAAGUCAUUUUGGCCAAUUUGGAAGCCAUGGCGAUGAACAAGUUUAACGUCUUCCACUGGCACAUUGUGGACGAUAACUCUUUUCCCUUCAUGAGUCAGACUUUCCCUGACAUCAGUCAACGCGGAGCAUAUCACCCGUACACACACGUGUACACACCGGCUGAUGUGAAAAUGGUGAUCGAGUUUGCUCGUAUGCGAGGCAUACGAGUCGUUGCUGAGUUCGACACUCCGGGCCACACUCGGUCAUGGGGAGCAGGUCAGCCUGGGCUUUUAACCCCAUGCUAUUCAGGGAGCUCUCCUUCAGGCACAUUUGGACCUGUAAAUCCGAUCCUCAACUCCACCUACGACUUUAUGACCAGCUUCUUCAAAGAAAUCAGUACUGUUUUCCCUGACGCCUACAUCCAUCUUGGGGGAGACGAGGUCGAUUUCUCCUGCUGGAAGUCAAACCCUGAUGUCCAAAAAUUUAUGGCACAGCAGGGCUUUGGACAAGACUUCAAAAAACUGGAAUCCUACUAUAUUCAAAGACUCCUUGACAUUGUAAAAGCCACUAAUAAGGGCUACAUGGUCUGGCAGGAAGUCUUUGACAAUGGCGUUAAGCUGAAAGCUGACACAGUGGUGGAAGUUUGGAUAAACAGCAAUUUGGAAAAGGAGCUUCUCAAUGUGACUGGGGCAGGUUUCGACACCAUUCUCGCUGCCCCCUGGUACCUGGACUACAUUAGUUAUGGACAGGACUGGCAGCAGUACUACAAGGUCGAGCCGCUCAGUUUCAAUGGUACAGCAGAGCAGAAGAAGCUUGUAAUUGGUGGGGAGGCGUGUCUCUGGGGGGAGUAUGUGGAUGCUACCAACCUCACCCCACGUCUAUGGCCACGGGCCAGUGCUGUAGCUGAAAGGUUGUGGAGUGAUGAAAAUGUGAAAGACAUCGGCGACGCCUACACGCGUCUGACCAAACAUCGCUGCCGCAUGCUCAGGAGAGGCAUCCCUGCAGAGCCACUAUUUGUGGGCUUUUGUCCGGAGGAAUACGGCGGCCUCUGAGCUCCAAAAGACAAAUUCCUACUGUUUAACUAUUCCAUAAGAACUCCAAUCGUUUGAGUACAUCAAGGCAAUUUCCUAGCUUUUACUGUUAAUUCAUGAGACAUAUUCUAGUUUAUAGUUUUUCAAUCUUGUUUUAUUUUGAUCUAAAAAAAUUGUUUAAGGGAUUAUAUUUGGCUUGAGACUUUCAAAGA